ACAGUUUGCGAUGUUCUCGCUGAUCGUACUCUUUUUCGCAAAGAUGGUGCACAAACAAGAAUGGGAAGAGAGAGGCAAUUACUUUCUGGGUAGUUGGGUCGCACUCAAUCUAUUUCUUCUGCUGGGAUUAAUGGGUUGGAUCGUUCCUAGCACGAAACACCACUUUAAGCACGAUGUCAUAAACGAUCCGAAUAUGGCCAGGGCUUGCGUGGCUGCUCUGCUAUUCUUCGUACUGUCAAUGCUCCUGAUCAAGUACGGCCUCACCCUCGCACGCAUGAUCACAGACUCGCGAGUACAAUUGCUGGCUACUGAGCUGACAGGCUUGCAAAUACGAACGUUGACUAUAGUUCUGUCGUCGCUGUUCACACUGCGGUCGACCUUCAAUGUGUUAGCUGCAGCCACUGGGAAAUUUAGUCUUCGUAUGGCUGGGGAAACAAAUCAGGAAGCUGUGCUGUUAUUUUUAAUGGUAGUCGCCUGGGAAUUAGUGCCUAUUUUCGCGGUCACUUUCUUCUUCCGUCAUAUACCCAAUCCCAACCAGCCGAGAGGGGGCAAUAAUCGCUCCGACAGAGGGCCAUUACUACCGCCUAAUAUGAGUAUUCCUAAUUAUACCCCAGGUCUAUUCCAAAACCCCAACCACUACGACAACCCAACUCUCCCGUUCGACGAGUCGCGUACUAUGGGUAGGGGGAUCACCGCCUUGCCUGCAUUGGAUAACGCACGUUUUGUGGUGCCGUCGCCCCGGAAUAGCGGCAGUCCACGACAGCAGAACUUCCGAUUCGCCACACAGACUGUGCAGGGAUCACAUCCGCCCCGUGUGCCCAGCCCCAGCGAAGGCAUGAUGACCAGUCCCACCCGCAACACGGCUUAUAGGUUCAGUUCGAAUACUCGAGACUCCCCCACAUAUCCGCGGCUGUCAAACGAUCCGUCAGCCACGAUACUACCUGCGCAGCCGUCAUAGUCACUAAAUUGGGCCUAUUAUUGGGCCCUAAAUUAUGAAGAAUUCGCAAGCGGGGUAGACUGCUCACUUGAAUGGAAUAGACCUGCAGCAAUCAUAGCGUACGCACUGUUAUUGUAGUUCGUAGAUACUUGCAGUACGAUACUGCUUCUCGAUUGGGCUGUGGUAGUGCCUUUCGUGGACGAAAUAGUGGUUCAUCACCACCGAAGACAGACAUAGGUCCAGCAUGAUGCCUGGUUGCUGAGUAAGCUUCUCAAUGCCCAAGGCUCCGACACUCCAUCCUAACCAACGCUUCCUUCAGGAAGGCACCACUGACUUACAUGUGUGCGCGAUUACUUGAAGGAGAACGUGUGUGCCGUAGUGCUCCGUGUUUCUGUGUACGCCUAUACUGACAAGUACACGGUGAGCGUACGUUGCGCAGCACGCAGGCAUGGACGUGAAAACCCUUCACUCUACACGUCUGGCGAGGGCUGCGGGGAUUAGUGCACGGAUCGUCUGAUAAGCGAAUGUACUAGUAUUGUGCACACCAAUAGUAGAUGAGUUAGGGCUGGACAUGUGAGAGGGGGCGGGGAGAGGUCGUUCAGAUUGUUGCCCGUAACGAGGAAUAGCGGGAAUGAACCAGCUUUGUGCCGCGCGAUAGCAGCAUUGGCGAAGGAUCAUAGUGUAUAGUGACCUGUGCAUAGCCGCAGCUCAUUUAAAUGCAUAGAGCGAGUAGCGGCGACAGUAGGACUGAUGGGACUUAUACUUUGAGUUAUCAGACAGACGGAGGUACACGCGUAUGGUUAGUUAUAAGGAGUUGCUGAUAGUUCUGCCGGUGGGGAGAUACGAAAUGUGCCAACACGCAAGGUCUAGUCUAUCGUAUUGAGAGAAAAUCCUUGUGAUGUGUACUGCAACGUAGGUCCUUUUUCUCGAUGGUUGCUAGGGCACACAUACUUCGCAUCCACCUGUGCGGUCUGACACUGUCCCCACCCACAUAAUGUAGCACAUGCAUAGCACGCGUAUAGCACACUUUUGAAACGAUUUUUGUAAAGAAUAGACGCAUGAAGAAAUGGACGCGUAUUCAGUAGAUAGUACCAGAGCUUAGAACGGACUAUGAGGUGUAGCAGCUGGUCGUAUAGACUGUAGCGGUAAGUCGGUAAUUGACUAAUUAAAGCCAACAGGUAAAAG